AUGGACAUGGCAACAAUGGCGGCUCCUCAUCAGCCAAGGUACAACCUCGAAGACCCAGGUUCCGGCUUCGAACCUCGAAACAACGCCCGCGACGCUCGAGAAGCAGCACGAGCUGCUCGAAACGGGCAGAGUCCCCGAUACAGACGCACUCAAUCUCCCGACCAGCUCGUCGACGAUUAUCGCUUCCAGAGUGAGGAGGGCUCCGAGAUGCGCUCUCCCACUUCUGACGUGGCAUUGCAGGACGCCAUGCUCGCACAAGCACAACAGCAACAGCAGCGUGUGGUUCCGGUUGGUCAGGUCGCGCGAAACGCAGGGCAACGAAGACAGCCUCCUCCAGGUCAACAAGUCAACCCAAACAUCAACAUCAACGGUCGAGGUCCCCAAGCUCAACCUCAACCUCAAGGUCAAGGCCAACCUAUGCCCGCUACAUACAACGGUCCCGGUUCAAUGGACGGUCAACAACCCAACGGCCCUAGAGGCGAAGCUGGUCGCUACAGACGUCAAUCGCGUCGCACCUCCGACUCUGGUCAAUCCCACGGUGAAUCCCCUACACGACCAGGCCCCAACACCCAACAGAGCCGCAUGUCUCAACCCAUGGGCCCUGAGCAACACCAACACCAGCACCAGCACCAGCACCAGCAUCGCGCAGUUUCACCAGACCGAUUGGGCGUCCCCGGACACGACAUCAGUCGUCUCCAAAGCCCCAGCAUCCAAAAGAGCGUCCUUCAACCCCUCGAGAAGAAGAUCCACGAGUACGAUCACCUCAUGCACGAAGCUCAAACCGAAAUGGCUCAGCUCGACGAGGAGCUCCGUGCCCUCCAAGAACGACGUCGCGCGGCCGAAGAUCGCUUCAUCGAAGCCAAGACAAAGCACGACGAGUACGAGCGUCAGCACGAGGACGUCGGUCGCGCUCUGCGAGGGGAACUCGUCAAGGAACCUCCCCCAGCCCCCAUGGCAACCGCCCCCGCAGUUCGCCAGCCCCCUCCAAUGCAGCGCAUGGACAGCCUCGACAGCUUCGACCAGCGACCCAUGAGCCAGCAGAGUUCAUUCCACCAAAAGCCAAAGAAGAGCGGCAUGUUGCGAAUGAGCUUGUUCAACAAGAGCAAUUGA